AUCACUUCCAUUGCUUCUCCAAAUAUAUCCAAAAAAAAAAAAAAAAAAAAAAAAAAAAAAAAAAAACAACGAAGACUUUCAUUUUCAAAAGCAUGGCCUCUUCAAUCAAAUUGUCAUUCAUCCUCUUCUUUGCUUGCUCUCUCUUCCUCCAAGGAACUCUAGGUGAGAUUAUAUGUGAGGACUUGCCAGUAGAUGUAUGUUCAUUUUCGAUAUCAUCGUCUGGGAAGAGAUGUGUUUUGGAAAAUGAGGAGACGAAGGAGGGAAAGGUAGAUUACCAAUGUAAGACAUCGGAGGUGGUGGUGGAGAGGAUGUCCGAAUACAUUGAGACCGACGAAUGCGUCAGCACGUGCGGUGUCGAUAGGAACAACGUUGGGAUAUCAUCGGAUGCAUUGCUUGAGUCACAAUUCACUGCCAUGCUUUGCUCCUCUGACUGUUACCAGAAUUGCCCUAACAUUGUUGAUCUCUACUUCAACUUGGCCGCCGGCGAAGGAGUAUUUUUGCCAGAUCUUUGUGAGAGACAGAGAACCAAUCCUCACCGCGCCAUGUUUGAACUUUCGAGCUCUGGUGCUGCACCUGGUCCUCUUGCCAGCGAAGUGUCUCACCUCGCUGCAGUCCCUGCCCCUUCUCCUGCUUUCUUCUAAAUUACUUUUGCACCAAAUUUCGUUUUGAAGCAUUUUCAUUUGAAGUUUAUGUAUUGGUUUGUCAAUAAUUAUGUUACAUAAUUGAGCUACAGAUUCUAUUGAUAAUUUCUUUUUCCAAAUGUGUGAUCAGUAAAUACUAUUAUAUAUUGAGAAUCCAUUUUUCAUA